AUGCAACCACCAGCACCAAGACUUAAGCCAACGAUUGUAGAAACUACCUCAAAAGAAAAAGAAACAAUUAUAAUAAAUUUCUCAACCGAAGGCGACGAAUGGCUCGGUAAAACCCAGAAUUACCUGCCAAUUAUACCUUAUCAUGCUCCCAUAUCAUCGAAAGAGGAAUUGGGAAAUGAAGACCUAAAUAAUCCAACUGUUAAUAUUAGUAGCGAUAAGUCAAAUGUUUGGAAUGAUGCAACUUGUGAUGUCAUUUUAGAGUUUAUUUCGGUAAAAUCAACUAUUUCUUCUGGAGUCGAUGUUACUUCAUAUAUUGUAGUUGAAAAGUUACAGAAAUUACUCAUUAGAAUCGACUUCCAAAAGGAUUCUUCUAGACCAUGCAUUGCCUGUUGGGUUGUUAGACCUCUUGAUAAUCCAAUUCUAGAAUGUCUUGAAACUAUGCUUGAGGAUCAGUAUGAAGUUAUAAACCAAAUACUGAUAUUUGAAGAUAAUGAAGAUAGUAAUGAUGAUCAGAAUUCAA